CCUUAGUGCCUCUAGAGUUGCAAUCUCAUAUCUAUUACGCGUUGAGAGCCAUCGUCUAUAGAACGGAUUCGUGGGUUCAAAAGUACUUGUCAGAAAAUAGUCCUACUGAUCACUUCUGUUACUUCACUACUGUCACUAGCCCUCCGCCCAUUGUCCAGUACACCGUUCUCCGCAUCGCCCUAUCAAGGUCACUGGGAUCAGCUUUGGGAAUUCUACAUUGUGCUCCUUCUCUGCAUAUCGGAACCCCACUUGAAGAUCCCUCGCUAUCUUAUUGUUUCCAAAUUAAAUCUGAUCCAACAGACCUACCGUGCCGUCGACGCAGGCGUUGCACGUGCACCACGACCACGCCAUGGACUCAACGCUCCCAGAUGCUUUUGAUGCAUCUCAACCUGGUUUAUACGCGGGGCAGGCUUCUAGCGCAGGGAUGGUUGAUCCAGAAGGUACAAAUGGGAACAUGAUGGCAUCAGCGCCUUUUGUAAAGGUUGAUGAUCCACCUAAAUUCGAACUCGAGUCUUACAUUGCGAACUACACCGGACGGACCAGAUUCAAUCGCUUGUACCUCAUAGGCACUUGUUCCACGUACCUCUCUACGGAAGCGCUCAAGGCUGCGGUUGCUGAAGCGAAGGCGGGAAAAGAUGUCGUCAGGUACCAGCAGGCUGUACGAGCGUUGGCCGAAGUGUCUCCGAAUGAAUCUGAAGCCAUCGAGGACACGAAAUGGGUGGACCAUAUGCAGAGAGUUGUGAAGUCUGAGACCGAUCGGUUAGAGCACGAGCUGAGGGGCUAUAAGAACAAUUUGAUCAAGGAGAGCAUACGGAUGGGCAACGAAGAUCUCGGACUACACUACCAUCAGAUCGGCAACCUGGUGGCCGCAUCCAAGGCCUACUCGCGCAUGAGGGACUACUGCACAACACCCAGCCACAUCGCGUCUAUGUUGUUCAAGAUUAUCAAUGUGGCAAUCGAGCGGGGAGACUGGUUGAGCGUACAAUCCAACGUGCACCGGCUGCGCAACCUCCAGUCCAAACCGGAAGAGCAAGCGAAGAAUCAACCUAAGAUGUCAGCCGCUCUGGGCUUAUCCCAGCUGCACUCCGGAUCGUACUUGGAUGCUGCGAACAGUUUCUUGACCACUGAUCCAUCGCUUGGGGAUUCUUACAAUGAAGUCGUCACAUCGAACGACGUGGCGGUUUAUGGUGGGCUCUGUGCUCUUGCGUCGAUGGAUCGUAACGAACUCCAGCGCCGCGUACUUGACAACAACUCUUUCCGCAAUUUCCUCGAACUCGAACCGCAUAUUCGCCGGGCGAUCUCCUUUUUCUGCAAUUCAAAGUUCCGACCUUGUUUGGAGAUUCUUGAGUCCUACAAAGCCGAUUAUCUACUUGACAUCCACCUUCAGCGUCAUGUCAGCACCCUUUUCACCCGCAUCCGCACCAAGGCUAUCCAGCAAUACCUCAUUCCUUUUAGCCGCGUGACGCUCGAUUCCAUGCUGAAGAUCUUUGCUCCAGGGGUCGCUGGCGGCCAAGCGCAUCCGACCGACUUCAACUCCCCAUUCGUGCAAGAGUUGAUCAGUCUGAUCCAGGACGGGACGCUGGAUGCUCGGAUUGACCUGGAGAAGGGGGUGCUCGUAUCUAAACAGACCGAUCUACGCACAGACGUGCAGCGAGCAGCACUGGAGAGCCUUGUCAACUUCAGAAAAGAGGCUCAUCUCCGGCUGUUGCGGACUAACAUCCUUCGUGCCGGGCUAGAGGUGCGGGCACCGGGGGAAGAGAGAAAGCUCAGACCUGAGGACCGAGGCGUUGGAAGGGGGUUGGCUGGGCUAGGGGCAAGUACUCUCGGUGAUGACCUUCUACGAGACAAUCAUACCAGUCCGGAGUCAGAAGACCGUAUUUUAUGGUUAUGAAUAACAUUUCACAUCCUUUUCUGCAUAUGACUUAACCCCCUUUGAUUAGGAUUAUGACAGAAUAAUUAAUUGACCAUAGCUUAAGG